AUGUUAUUGGCGAUGAGGUCAAAUUUUUUAAUUCAUAGACAACUGCUGAAAUCUUGUUGUAAUAGAAAAUUCGAAUUUAAGUUUCAAUCGCAGUUUCUACGGUUUUAUAGUGGUAAUAAUAGUUUGAAUAAUGAUGACUCAAAUUUAAUGAAGGGCAAUUUAGGUUCGAAUUCAAGUGGUAAAAGUUUAGACGAUUUAGAUUUCAAGAAACACCAUAAGAUACGAUCGCAAAUCGAACUUUUGAUUCAGGAUUAUGCAAAGAAACCAAUUCCCAAACUGACUUAUCAGUUAUUAACAGAAUAUAAGCCACCAUUAACUGAUAAUGAUAAUUUUAUGUUAAGUAUAAAAACAAUUAAUUUAUUGUUGUCUUAUACUUGUAGAAGGCUCAAUGCUUUGCAACAAUUGCCAUAUAUCGCUGUUUUAAAUCCUAAUAUCGAAAUUAGCAACUCUUUAUAUUUGAAGACUUUACAGUCAUUAUUAUCAAUAGAAUAUCCGUAUGGUCUACAUAAUAAAGAAAACAUGGUAAAAUUAUUAAGUGGUUUCUUAGAUGAUCACCAGGAUACUUUAGAAACUUUAUCCCGUGGAUUACAAGAAAUUAUUGAGUUUUAUCCCAAGGAGAAAACGUUUAAAUUUUUAAAUGAACAUUUAAGGGACAGAAUAUCAAUGAAGUUAUUAGCGACCCAUUAUUUAGCAUUAGUGGAUCAAACCAAAAAGAUCGAAAAUGAGAAUCUAAAAGAUUUCAAAAUGGUUGGUAUCUUACAUAAGGAAUUAAAAAUCUCGGAAUUAGUUAAACAAGUGACAGAAUAUGUCGGCGAUUUAACCUUUGUCAAUUAUGACAGAAUCGUACCUGUAAAGAUAGUCCAAGGUGAAGAUAUUACAUUCCCAUGUAUACCGACAAACUUGGAAUAUAUUUUAACAGAAGUGAUUAAAAAUUCUAGUAGAGCACAUAUUGAAACUAGUACUCCAGAUAAUGACUUGGCAGAGAAACCAAUUGAAAUUGCAAUCUUCCGUCACGAUUACGAUAAUGAACUAGAAAUUAGAAUUAGAGAUUUUGGUGGUGGUAUAGCACCACAAGUUGAAGCUAAUAUGUUUGAUUACUCUUACAGCACCGUUGAAGAGAGUAAAAAAGAUAAUGGUGUAGAGGCAUGCAUGAUUCCUGGAGAAGUUAUAAACAAUGUAUGCGGUAUGGGAUUUGGACUUCCAUUAUGUAGAGCAUAUAUGGAGUUAUUUGAAGGAAGAUUAGACAUACAGAGUUUAUAUGGCUGGGGUACCGAUGUGUACCUUAAGCUAUUAGGGCCUACGGAGAACGAAUUAAAAUAA